GCCCCGCGCCGCCGCCGGCUUUGUUGUCGCCGCCGCUUCGACGCGCGGGCCGCGCUAGCCGGGACCUUGGCGCUGCCCUUCGCGGGAGCCGGGAGAGGCGCGGGGCGCCGGACCGCCAUGGAGCGCUCGGCCCGCGGCUGGUGGCUGCUGUGCGCGGCCGCCGCGCUCGUCGCCUGCGCCCGCGGGGACCCAGCCAGCAAGAGCCGGAGCUGCAGCGAAGUCCGCCAGAUCUACGGCGCCAAGGGCUUUAGCCUGAGCGACGUGCCGCAGGCGGAGAUCUCGGGUGAACACCUGAGGAUUUGCCCCCAGGGCUACACCUGCUGCACCAGCGAGAUGGAGGAGAACCUGGCCAACCGCAGCCGUGCUGAGCUGGAGACCGGGCUUCAGGACAGCAGCCGCGCCCUGCAGGCCAUGCUCACUACGCAGCUGCGUGGCUUCGAUGACCACUUCCAGCGCCUGCUGAACGGCUCCGAGCGGGUGCUGCAGGACACCUUUCCCAGCGUCUUUGGGGACCUGUACACACAUAACGCCAAGGCCUUCCGCGACCUGUACGCCGAGCUUCGCCUCUACUACCGCGGCGCCAACCUGCACCUGGAGGAAACGCUGGCCGAGUUCUGGGCCCGCCUGCUGGAACGCCUCUUCAGGCAGCUUCACCAGCAGCUGUUGCUGCCGGAUGACUACCUGGACUGCCUGGGCAAGCAGGCUGAGGCCCUGCGGCCCUUCGGGGAGGUCCCUCGUGAGCUACGCCUGCGGGCCACCCGCGCCUUCGUGGCAGCUCGGGCCUUCGUUCAGGGCCUGGGCGUGGCCACCGAUGUGGUCCGGAAGGUGGCCCAGGUCCCCCUGGGCCCGGAGUGCUCGAGGGCUGUCAUGAAGCUGGUCUACUGUGCCCACUGCCUGGGGGUGCCUGGCGCCCGGCCCUGCCCCGACUACUGCCGCAACGUGCUGAAAGGCUGCCUCGCCAACCAGGCCGACCUGGACGCCGAGUGGAGGAACCUCCUGGAUUCCAUGGUGCUCAUCACUGACAAGUUCUGGGGCCCGUCAGGCGCGGAGAGCGUCAUCAGCAGCGUGCACAUAUGGCUGGCGGAGGCCAUCAACACCCUCCAGGACAACAAGGACACGCUCACAGCCAAGGUCAUCCAGGGCUGCGGGAACCCCAAGGUCAACUCCCAGAGCACCGGGCCCGAGGAGAAGCGACGCCGGGGCCAGCUGGAGCCACAGGAGAAGCCCCCCACAGGCACAUUGGAGAAGCUGGUCUCCGAGGCCAAGGCCCAGCUCCGCGACAUCCAGGAUUUCUGGAUCAGCCUCCCGGGGACGCUGUGCAGUGAGAGGGUGGCCAUGAGCACUGCCAGCGAUGACCGCUGCUGGAACGGGAUGACCAAGGGCCGGUACCUCCCGGAGGUGAUGGGCGAUGGCCUGGCCAACCAGAUCAACAACCCCGAGGUGGAGGUGGACAUCACCAAGCCGGACAUGACCAUCCGGCAGCAAAUAAUGCAACUGAAGGUCAUGACCAACCGGCUGCGCAGCGCCUACAACGGCAAGGACGUGGACUUCCAGGACACCAGUGACGACGGUAGCGGCUCCGGCAGCGGUGGCGGCUGCCCUGACGACGCCUGCGGGCGGAGGGUCAGCAAGAAGAUCUCCAGCUCACGGACGACCGCGACUCACGCCCUCCCCGGCCUGUCCGAGCGGGAGGGACCGUCCUCAGCCGCCGGCUGCCCCCGGCCCCAUGCGCCCUUCCUGCUUCUGCUCCUCCUCACCUUGGUCCUCGCAGCCGCCAGGCCCUGGUGGCGGUAAUGCCCCCGAUCGCAGGGACUGUGGCCAAGGACUGACUUUGCCAAAACGGGAAACAGACACUAUUUAAUUACCCUGGUGGAGGGGGGGCGGGGCGACCCGGAGGGGCGGCUCUGCGUCUGCGCUGAGGGAAGGGUACAUGGGGGUGUGACCCCCAGGCCUGGCCUCACCACCCUGCCAUUUCAUUUACUACGAGGCCCUCAGGUGAGCAGGGAGCAGGUGCCCCCAAAAGCCAUGUAUUUCAGGAACCUCAGGGGCACGGUGGCUGCCUCCCGUCUGCACGUGCCCACCCAUCACCCUGGCAGACACAUCACCUGCCCUCCGGCAUCUCUCCAGAGAAGAUGCUAUCAGCAAUCCCCUCCGAGAGGACCUGUGCCUUCCUCUCCCUUCCUCCUGCUGCUGGGAGCUGCCUCAGAGCCCACCCUCGACCUCCCCAGGAACCCCACAAGGUGGGGGACUCGGUCUUCCAGGGCCUAAGCGGGCCUUGAGAUUGUGCAUGACACCUUGAAGCUCAGUGGGGACUCCACCGUAGCACCAGCCUCGGUUGGAACCCCCCCCAGGGAGGGUGGUCCCGUGAGUCUGCAGACCUGGUUCUCGGCCAAGACCUGGUGUGAGUGAGACCUCCAUGCAGAUACAGCUUCAGCUGUCAGCAGGCCACAGCCAGGCCCAGCCAGCCACGUCCUGGCCCAGCCAGCCAGGUCUGGGCUCAGCCAGCCAUGUCCAGGCUCAGGCUUCUGUGGGUGUUUCUUGGGGAGUGCUCUUCCUGCACAGAGCUUCUUGCAGCUGUGUACCACCCCUCUCACCCGUAAGUGCAUGGAGGCAGACCUUGCCAGGGUCCACGGCUGGGCUGAGACAGCCUGACCACUGUCCUGCCCACCCCCCAUUCUCACCCAGGGCCAGCUCCAGCAGUGCAGGCCAGGGCUAAAGGUGACCUGAGCUGUGAGCUGGCCACAGGGACACUGGGUGGCUGGGUGGAGCUGCAGCUCAGCAGGCACUGCAGGCCAGAGGGACCUGCGCCUGAGUCCCUUCCCUGACCUCAGCCAGCUGCAGGCGGCAGGGAGUUGAGCAGAGUGUGGACAGUUAAGGGCUUUUACAGAUGUGCAUCCAUUUACAGACCCUCUCGGCCGCCUCAGACCCCAGAGCUGCUGUCUCAGCUCCCCCCAAAGAGCUUUUUGGGGAGUGGGCUGAUCUUUGGCCCUGGUGUCCUUCCCUGCCCCGGGAUGUGCAGGGACCCCAGGCUCACUCACUGUCCCAGUCCCCUCCCCAGCUUGUGCAGGCCCUCCCUCCUCCUAGGCCCUAGUUGCUGGCAGGCUCUGGGAAGUGGGGCGGCCCCCUGCUGGGAAGGGCCCCAGGCAAGGGGAAGGAGGCUCUCAAGGGGUCCUAACCAGCACGAGGCCCCAGAAGGCCACUCAGCACUGCUUUGCUUCUCCCCUCUGGUUUGGAGGUCAAGGUCUCCAGUCUGUCGUCAGAUUUCCUGGGCGGGACCAAGUGUUCUCUGGAAUUGGGCCCAGUCCCCACAGGGGAGCCCACCCAGUAACUGUGGCUAGUUCAGUGGCGGGUGCUGGGCCUGGGUCCUCCUUCCCCCAGGCUGUGGGGGCAGUGGUGGCUGUGUGCCAGGAAGGGCAGCACUUGUUUCUCCAUGUGGCCGGCAGAUGGGGCCAGAGCGCACCAGGUAUCUGUGCAUCAGGCCAGCUCUGACUUGGCCGCUGACCGUGGGGUGGUCUGGCCUGCGUGUCCUGUCUGUUCUGAGGUACCCGUCCCCCAUGCUGUCUGUCAGCAGGUGAGGUGUGUACUUAUAUGAAUAAAAGACUGGAGACUUGCACCCGA